ACUCAAACACAGCCACUCAACACUAUCACAAGGCCGCACAAGCUAGUAGACAAUCUCCUCAGAAGUAUUAGCGGAGCCUCCCAGCUAGCAAUAUGGCGAAGUGCCUCGCCGUCGCGCUCCUCCUACUGGUGGUGCUCGCGUCCUGCGACGGGAGGGAGCUGAACCAGAAGGACCAGGCACUGGCCGGUGCCGGUGGUGGCGUCGGCGAGUCGAAGGUGUUGGGGUUGCCUGACCUGCCGCCUGUGGGAACCGUUACCGGUACCAGCACCACUAACGGCCCGCUGGUGGCGCUUCCUGCCCUUCCCGGGAUCCCUGCUCACCCAUGAUCACCUCUAGUUCAUGUGCUGGCUUACAAGAUGAAGCUCACCUCGUGACUUUACACUUCUAGGCUCUAGCUUAACAUCGCCCGGAAGGCAAACACCGGCGUUUCGCUGAUGUCCAUGUUCCUUCCUUAAUGGGCGUCUGUAUCAUCCAUCCUCGUCUGUAUUUCUUUUCAGUCCAUGUUCUAGUAUUUUUCGUUCCUUGAUGUGCUACAUGUAUGAUGUAUCAUCAACGUAAUAAAUACUUCUUUCUUCAA